AGUUAGCGACGUGCGCGCAGUAAACUCUCGCGCCCAAGCAAAGUUCUUCAAACGAAAGGGAUAAGGAAGAAGAGAGAAAACGACAGCGGAAAUGAAGUUGGCUAAGAAGUACUCCAGCUACUUGCUGAUAUGCUUGGUGCUGUUGGCCUGUUGCAUGCAGGAAGCGGAUGCCACGCGUCGUGUGAAUCGUGGACGUCGCACACUCACACGCAGAUACUACGUUGGCACGGCCAUACCUGGCUGGGCGGUCAUUGUCUGCGUAGCUGUGGGCGAGCUGAUUUUGGGCGCUGCCCUCUACUUUGCCUUGUACAAGGUCAUACUGGACAAGGAGCCAGAUCACGCGUCCACUUAUACGCCCGCCAAGACGCAUGAUCCCACACCAAGUGUGCCGAUGCCACAGCCCACGCCACAGCCAGCUCCACAGCCUGUCCAGCCCGCACCGUCGCACGCUACUGCGAUUGUCUAAAGGUCAGGCGGAAGUGGCGCCAAGACAACAAUAAGCCAAUAAGCCAACUAGGUCUAUAAAUAUAUAUGCUACGUUUAAAUAUAUUUAUAAAUGUAUCCACA